CUCUCUCUCUCUCUAUCUAUACAAAUUUUAUUGAGAUUUGUAAAUAACAUUCAUUUAUAUACUCCCGUAAAAAAUACGGACAAAUUAAUAUAAAUAUGUUAUAGUUGCAUAGAUCGUUUUCUUUUAUCGCGGAGGUUUGUCCGUCCAUAUUAACUUGUGUGGAAAAAAUAUUAUCGAUUUCACCUUGAAAUCAUUGCAUGAAAUCUGGAUUAAUUUUUGUUAUUUAUUAAUUAUAUACACGUUGAUUCCAAAUUAUAACAAUGAGUCUUAUUGAAGGUGUUGGAGAUGAAGUUACAAAUUUUUUUAUUAUUGUAGUAGCCCUAUUAAUAGGGUGGCUUGCAUGGUGUUCUACAAGUAUUGCAGAUCAACCAUUAAUACGCACAGUACUUAUAUUGCAACAUAGAACACGCACACGUAUCGCUGAACUUAGAGCUAAUCAAGCUGCAAGCUCCUUCAGUAGACCUCCAAAUUUGGAGAUGUCAGAAGAAGAAUCAGUAGAACCAGUUGCUGAUGACAGCACUGAUAUUUCACAAAAUUGUCCAGAACCAUCUGUCAGAGACACAAGUGGAAGGGUUUCUCCAGAAACACAAAGGGCACCUGAAGCAACAGCUACAGAAGAAGUACUUAUUGAGGCCAUGGAUUCAUUUAAUAAUGAUAAUGCAAGUUUGUUGCAAAGGCAAACAAAAAUAAACACUUCCAAAAAAACAAGUAUAUCAGAAUCAUGCACUGAAUCUGUGGAAGCUGUACAACCAGAACCUGAAAAUCUUUCAGGUAGCGAUGCUAAUGAAAUAAGCAUUAAGCUUAAGUUUAUAAAUGAUGAUCAAAAAGUAGUUACUGGUAGUCUUAAAGAGCUGCUUGGAGACUUUAAAAGGAGACACUUUCAGAUAGAACUUGAAGCCCAAAAAUUGGUACGGUUAGUUUUUAAUGGUCGAGUAUUACAGCCUGAUAGUCAAACAUUGGAAAAAUGCGGUUUGUAUAACAACUGUGUAGUUCAUUGUUUAGUACAUCAACCGCGACCAAACCCUGUACCGUCACAAACAUCGACGUUAGAUAAUUCAUCGUCGAUCUAUUUCAAUCCUCAAUCAUUUUCCGACAUACCUGUUGGUACACCAAUUAGUUCAGUGCAUAAUGAAUGGGAUUUGAGUAGACUCUUUUUGAGUAUUUUGACUCUCAUGUUAGGUCUUGCUUGGUAUUCUCGAUACCAUUAUGCUCAACUGUUUACCACAACUACUACGCUUGCUCUGUAUGCGCUCACUGCAAUUUUUGCAAUUUCGUUAGUUGGUAACUUUUUUCCCGAUCAGGACAACAUUAGAAAUAUUGAAUGAAUUUACAAAAAUAAAGCACUUUAAGACAUUACAUUUUGAAAUAUGAUUUUUUUUUGUAAUAUCAAUAUAUAUUUUAACAUAAAAUCGUUUGAACACGUUUGUUCGUGACAUUAAAGAAGAUGAAGGAUGUAAUUUUUACCACUUUAUAAAACGACUUAUUCGUGUAAAAAGUGAAAUGUAGCUAGGUCAUAUGAUUGCAUUUUGAUUAAAAUGAAUAUGCAUUGAGCUCAAAAUUUUUAUUUGUGUAUGUAGAAAACGAGUUUUCCUGGGUUAUCGUAAUUAAAGAAAAUAUGUAUAAUGUGACGUUAAAUUUAUAUUAAAAGCGAGUUAAUACUUAUUCAUUUAAAUAUAUUUGUGAUAAAUACUAUUCAUUUGUUGAAUUAAUAGAUAAUAAAUAUUAUAAACGAUA